AUGUUCCUCCACAGUGAUCUCUCAUUCAAUGCACUCUCAGGAUCGCUGGAGAGGUCCCAUAUCAAUCUCAAGUAUCCGGCCCUGCUGGCGGUGCACCACAACCAACUGCUAGGCCCCAUCCCCGAGUACCUCUGCCAAUCCGUGCUGCAGAUCAUGUUACAGAGCAUCCACCUACCCCCCCCUUCCACCUGCCCUCCCCUUCCACCUGCCUUCCUUUCCACCUGCCCCCCCUUCCACCUGUCCCCCCUUCCACCUGCCCCCCCUUCCACCUGGCCCCCCUUCCACCUGCCCCCCCUUCCACCUGCCCCCCUUUCCACAUGCCUGCGCGUCCACCUGCACGCUCUUAGGCAGCAACGCCUUUUCGGGGGCCCUCUCUCAGUGCCUGCCCUUCUCCAAGAUGCAUCGAGCUCUCAGUGGGUGUGGGUAUGGCAGGGGGAGCAACAAGGGAGAACUGGAGCGGGAGGGGAGGGUGGGGGGAAUGGCAGCGCAGUGGCAUGGCUGGCUGUGGAUGGGAACGGUCUAGGGAGUGAGGGGGUGGGGCAGCAGCGGGGGGCUGUAGAGUGUGCGGUAGUGUGUGGGACAGAGUCAGGGCAGGGCCAAUGUGGGGGUGUGGGUGCGGGGCAAUGUGUGGUGGAAAGCGGUUGGCCGCCAUCCCUCUCGUGCUCCAGUGCCAGUGGCUACGUUGCUGUCAGUGCUGCCAGCAGUGCCAACACCACCACUUGCGAGCUGCCACCCCCGUCCCUACCCGGUAUGUUCCGUCAGUGGCUUGGGUUGCUACCCUGCUCCCCUUCCACCGUGUACCCAACCCUCUUUGCUGCCUUCUUUAGCUUCACUACCACUCCCUUCCCUCUCUUUACUUCUUUAGCUCGCCCCCCUUUUCCCCUCUCGUCAUGCUCCCUUCCCCCCUUCGUCCGCCCUCCCUUCCCCCACUCCUCCGCCCCCCUUUCCUCCCCUCGCCCCCUUCCUUCCCCCCUCGUCCCCUUUCUUCCCCCCCUCGUCCCCCACUUUCCCCCCUCCGUCCCCCUAAUUUCCACACCUCGUCCCCCCCCUUUCCCCUCUCUUCUGACCCCUUCCUCCCCUCAUCCCUUGUCCCCCCCAUAA